AUGGUUGUUCAGCCAGAUAUCCCGCCCGAUCUCGCCGACACCGAUAAAUUAUUCAUGUUCCAGCUCCUAGAGGCUCAGCUUCAUGGCAGGAUGCUCCUCUCUCUUUUACACGUCACAAACAAGUCCCGGCCUAUUGGACGAGUAAUGGUCAUCAUUAUCAUCCUUCUUUAUGUUUCCACCACCAUCGAUGCAGCCCUGGUUUGGUUAUUCGUGCGCUCUGCAUUCAUCGAUAAUGGCCAAAGUUUCUUUACUGCAUAUCGGGCUAUCACCAACCCGGGCAUGAUACCUGGGGCAAUGGGUACGAUGGGCUGUAUCAGUAUUGUCCUUGCAGACACCGCCAUAAUUUGGCGCUGUUGGAUUGUCUGGGGACGCCGGUGGCUGAUAGUUCUACUUCCCAUCCUUCUUCUUGUUUCCACUAUCGGAGGUGAAGCGGGGAGCACAUUCAAAGCAUACCGCUAUGUCAUCGAGGUCUUGGUCGAAUCGUCAACCCUUUAUUCUGUAACCUUGAUCCUAUUUUUGGCUUUCUUUGCCUUGGAUGACCUGACAAUGAUCUAUUGUGAUGUUCUAGCAGGAAUUGCAAGAGGAGUUGCACCGACACUCCUCGUUGGGCGCGUAGCAGCAGGUCACGCUCGGCCAGACGACUCCUGGCAGGGAAGCGUGAUAUCAGGCUCGCUACGCUUUGGGACACCAGCUGGAAGUCGGAACCAAACGAGUUCUUCUAUCCUCCUCGAUGAUGACUUCGAAGCUCAGCGGGAGAGGGACGAUGAGCACAGUCAUCACGCACCAAUGGAGUAGCAGGAAGAUGCUGCCGUCGAGAGCGUCAUACUGCGCUAGAUAGGCCCGAUGGAGAUACUAUCCUGGUGUUUGUCGUAUAAUGAUAGUUCUGUUCCCCUCGUCCUUUCUUUACCCAUUUCCUUCGCUCGUUCUUCUGUUUCCAUGGGGAAGUACGUACCUUAGAGUUAUUUUAUAUGUCUUUCUUUGUUACAACAAGCUACCGAGGUUGCUUGAUUUACUCUUAUUUACGUAGCCCGCAUACCACAGCUUCUCUUAUCGAUCCUGCUCCGUAUUCUCACCUUGCCUUUGGAACACUAGCAAGAAAUGGCCCAGUUCUCCCCCUUCUCGCUGCGUGCAAACUUUUUCUUUGAUCUGUAUGUUGAUCUAGACAAUUCUUAGAAUGUCCG